CCAACAGCCUUUUGGAAUAAAAAACGUAGAACCUAAUGUACAUUAAAAAGCAUUGCCAUUUCUCUGGGAAUAUGGCUUUAAGGCCGGUGAUGUACCAAGUCUCAGAUACGUUGCAAAAGAUGCUGAGUCCUUAACAGCGCUUUCUUGCCUUAUUUGCUUACGAUGUUUGGUUUCCUAAUUAAGCUAAAGCUUUUUAUUGUUCCUGCCUUUUAUCAUCAAAAUGUGAAUGAUUCUGGAACAGGUUUAGUUCAUCCUGUUAUUUGACUGAAGGGAAGCUGGGAAAUAAUAACGACCCCCCCACCUGUGUGUAAGAAAGCAGAGUUUGCUAAAGGCUGUCCCGCCUGGUUGCUCCUUGACUCUCUCCAUAACCCUGUAGGGAGGUGGAGCAGGGGUUGAUUCGUUUCACUGCCUGAGUCUGAGGCUCAGAGAGGUUAAAGUGACUUGUCGAAGCCAAAACUAGAACCAGGUCUCCGACAUCUUUUGUGUUGGUUUACUUUCGUUGUGUGGUUCCAGGAUACCUCCUCUCUCCUCCUGCCACUGCUUCCCUGUCGGCCUGGGUGUGCUGUGCUGUGCUGUCUGUCGGCAGUCCCUCAUAGCAAGCUCCCUGGGGUUGCUCGGGGCAGGUUUGCUGACCACACCAUGACUCUGAGUGACCUAGAGUGAAAUGAGAGGGCUUGGAGGGAAACAGAGUAGGUGGGAAUUCAUGUUUGUGGGCGCCUGCUAUGUCCAAACGACUGUGCUGGCCAGGUUCGUGUUCUCAAAUGUGGGAGGGUGGGGGUGGUGGGAUACCAGGCACGGGGACACCUGGCCAUGGGGAGUAUGUUCUGAGCAGACUGCCUAAGGGCCAGAGACCACUUUGACCACUCAGUUGUUCACCAGCUUCUCCACUCGGAGGAAUGGACAGCAGUUGGAAUGAGAGCCUCUGCUUGCCCUCAUGACCUCUCUGUUUUAAGCGUUUGCAGGACUGGAGAUGCUAUGCUGCUCUCAUGAGCUGGUCACUGAGUCUGUCUACCACAGCCCUUUCGGAACCUCUGGCUGUCCAGAAGCUCUGCUGUGCUCCUUGCCAAGAUGAAGUGCGUCUUGGUGGCCACGGAGGGUGCAGAGGUCCUCUUCUACUGGACGGACAAAGAGUUUGAGGAGAGUCUGCGGCUGAAGUUUGGGCAGUCAGAGAAUGAGGGAGAAGAGCUUCCCGCCCUGGAGGACCAGCUCAGCACCCUCCUAGCCCCGGUCAUCAUCUCCUCCAUGACGAUGCUGGAGAAGCUCUCAGACACAUACACCUGCUUCUCGACGGAGAACGGCAACUACCUGUAUGUCCUUCACCUGUUCGGAGAGUGCCUGUUCGUUGCCGUCAAUGGAGACCACACAGAGGGCGAGGGGGACCUGCGGCGGAAGCUGUGCGUGCUCAAGUACCUGUUCGAGGUGCACUUCGGGCUGGUUACCGUGGACGGCCAGCUCAUCCGAAAGGAGCUGCGGCCCCCAGAACUGGAGCAGCGCAUCCAGGUGUGGGAGCACUUCCAGAGCCUGCUGGGGACCUACGGCCGCCUACGGGAGCAGGAGCAGUGCUUCGCUGUGGAGGCCGUGGAGCGGCUGAUUCACCCCCAGCUCUGUGAGCUGUGCAUCGAGGCGCUGGAGCAGGACGUCAUCCAGGCCGUGAACUGCAGCCGCGAGCGGGCCGGCGAGGAGGCCCUGCACGCCCUCCUACUCGUGCACUCCAAGCUGCUGGCCUUCUACUCCAGCCAUGGCGCCAGCUCCCUGCGCCCAGCCGACCUCCUCGCCCUCAUUCUCCUGGUUCAGGACCUCUACCCCAGCGAGAGCACAGCGGAGGACGAUGACACUCAGCCUUCCCCAUGGAGGGGCCGGAGCAGCCAGAACAUUCCCGUGCAGCAGGCCUGGAGCCCUCGCUCUGCAGGCCGGACCAGGAGGAGUUCUGCAGGGACUGAGACAGACAGCUCCCUCCCUGAGGAGUACUUCACACCGGCUCCUUCCCCUGGGGAGCAGAGUUCAGGUAGCACCGUCUGGCUGGAUGGGGGCACCCCACCCACUGAUACUCCCCAGGUCCAGAUGGCUGAGGACACCCUCCAGACGCUGCUCCCUGGCUCCCCGGGACCUUCCAGCCCCAGAAGGAUUUUCCUGGAUGCCAGUGUGAAAGAGAGCUACUGCCCCAUGGUGCCCCACACCAUGUACUGCCUGCCCCUGUGGCCAGGCAUCAACAUGGUGCUCCUGACCAAGAGCCCCAGCACGCCCCUGGCCCUGGCCCUGUACCAGCUGCUGGACGGGUUUUCCCUGCUGGAGAAGAGGCUGAAGGAGGGGCAGGAGGUCGGGAGCACCCUACGGUCCCACCCCCUUAUGGGGGACCUGCGCCAGAGGAUGGACAAGUUUGUCAAGAAUCGUGGGGGGCAAGAGAUUCAGAGCACCUGGCUGGAGUUCAAGACCAAGGCCUUCUCCAGGAGUGAACCCGCAUCGUCCUGGGAGCUGCUGCAGGCGUGCGGGAAGGUGAAGCGGCAGCUCUGCACCAUCUACCGUCUUAGCUUCCUGAGCACGGCUCCAGGCCGGGGAGGCCCCCAGCUGCCCCAGCACCUGCAGGACCAGGUCCAGACGCUGAUGCAAGAAAAGCUAAUGGACUGGAAGGACUUUCUGUUGGUGAAGAGCAGGAGGAACGUCACCAUGGUGUCGUACCUAGAGGACUUCCCAGGCUUGGUGCAUUUCAUCUACGUGGACCGCACGACCGGGCAGAUGGUGGCCCCUUCCCUCAGCAGCAGUGAGAGGACUUCAUCGGAGCUGGGCAAGGGGCCCCUGGCCGCCUUCAUCAGAACCAAGGUCUGGUCUCUGAUCCGGCUGGCGCGCAGAUACCUGCAGAAGGGCUACACCACGCUGUUGUUCCAGGAGGGCGACUUCUACUGCUCCUACUUCCUGUGGUUCGAGAACGAGAUGGGGUACAAGCUGCAGAUAAUGGAGGUGCCUGUCCUGUCCGAUGACUCGGCCCCCGUCGGCAUGCUGGGGGGAGACUACUACAGGAAGCUCCUGCGAUACUACAGCAAGGGCCACCCGGCUGAGGCUGUCAAGUGUUACGAGCUGCUAGCCCUCCACCUGUCGGUCAUCCCCACAGACGUGCUGGUGCAGCAGGCCGGCGAGCUGGCCCGGCGCCUGUGGGAGGCCUCGCGCGUCCCCCUGCUCUAGGCCAGCCCGGACUGCCCCAGUGCAGUCUGCCUGUGCGUCCUGGUUCUCCAGGCCCAACCCCGCUUGCAAACAUCCUCACAGCAAGAGCCUCCUCCUGUUCCUGGAGGCCACCCGAGGGUGGCACAGAGUUCCAGGGCAGCCCCAGGGUUUCUUAAAGAAAUUCCACCUAGACCGGCCUCCACGGGGUUGUGAACAAACCCCCACUCCUUCCCUCUGGAGGAGGAGGGAGGCCAGGGGGUUCCAUUGGUCUCCUUAUAACAGCAGUGGCUGUGAGGUUGGAGCUAGGGCAGCCGCUGUUUCACACUGCCUCUUCGUUUAUCCCCAGGAGACAGGGAGGAAGUCCCCAGUGCCCGCGGGUGUCUAGAGACACCCUCCUUUCUGCUGUUCUCGGAGUGGAGAAAGAACUCCCUCCCUCGGGAAGCCAUUUGCCUCCCAGAUGAAAGGGGCUCCACUGGCUGGGCGUGAUUCCAGCUCUGCAGCUCUGGGCAGGUUUCCUACACUCUCACCUGUCUCCCCACGUUUAGAGUGACAGCACCACCUCUCAGGAUGGUUGUGAGGGCCCCAGACAUGCGCAGGUGCUCAAUAAAUGCUGGUUACGUUUAUUGUUA